UCAUUUCUGCAACCGAGCAGCAAAAAUAAUUUUGGGACAUGGAGGGAAGGAAAAAUAGUCAAAUAUAUAGACUGUAGAGGAAGCUGUUGGGAAGGUAUCGCUGCAGCCAUGGCCACCAACGCAGCUCUUGCCUCUACCAGAAUCCCCACCAAAACAAGGCUUCUUCCAUCCAAGGCCUCUCACUCUUUCGCUUCUCAAUGCGCCCCCAAGAGACUUGAGGUGGCUGAAUUCUCUGGCCUCAGAUCCACUUCAUGCCUCGUCUUUCCCACCAAUGCCCAUCCCUCUUCCUUCUUUGAUCUGGUCGCUGCUCAACUCGCUCCCCAGAGCAGGGAACCGAGCGGGGGAAGGGCAGAAACAGUGGCGAAAUUGAAGGUAGCAAUUAAUGGUUUUGGACGCAUUGGGAGGAACUUCCUCCGCUGCUGGCAUGGCCGGAAAGACUCACCCCUUGAUGUCGUCGUGGUCAACGACAGCGGUGGUGUGAAGAAUGCUUCACAUUUGCUCAAGUACGACUCAAUGCUGGGGACAUUCAAAGCACAUGUGAGAAUACUAAACGAGGACACCAUCACUGUGGAUGGAAAGCCCAAGGUCGUGUCCAACAGGGAUCCUCUCAAGCUUCCCUGGGCUGAGCUUGGAAUUGACAUUGUUAUUGAGGGAACGGGCGUGUUCGUGGAUGGGCCUGGCGCCGGAAAACACAUCAAAGCAGGGGCUAAGAAAGUAAUCAUCACCGCUCCUGCUAAAGGGGCAGAUAUUCCUACUUAUGUUGUAGGGGUUAAUGAACAGGAUUACUCGCAUGAUGCUUCCAACAUCAUAAGCAACGCUUCGUGCACCACAAACUGUCUUGCUCCUUUCGUGAAGGUGUUGGACGAAGAGUUCGGGAUUGUGAAGGGAACGAUGACGACGACGCACUCAUACACGGGAGACCAGAGGCUGCUGGAUGCAUCGCACAGGGACCUGAGAAGAGCGAGGGCGGCGGCACUGAACAUAGUGCCUACGAGCACGGGAGCAGCGAAGGCGGUGUCGCUGGUGCUGCCAAAGCUGAAAGGGAAGCUGAACGGAAUAGCACUAAGGGUGCCGACGCCAAAUGUAUCGGUGGUGGACCUAGUGGUGAACGUGGAGAAGAAGGGGGUGACGGCCGAAGACGUGAACGGGGCUUUCAGGAGAGCAGCGGAGGGGCCUCUGAAAGGCAUACUGGAGGUGUGCGACGUUCCGCUCGUGUCCGUGGACUUCCGCUGCACUGAUGUCUCUGCCACCAUCGAUUCCUCCCUCUCCAUGGUCAUGGGAGAUGAUAUGAUCAAGGUGGUCGCUUGGUACGACAACGAGUGGGGUUACAGCCAGCGAGUUGUGGAUUUGGCCCAUCUCGUCGCCGCCAAGUGGCCCGGCGCCGACCCCUUAGAAGAUUUCUGCAAGACUAACCCUGCCGACGAGGAAUGCAAAGUCUAUGAAGCUUAAAUAUAUCAUUUCUGUAUUUCUGUAUAUUAUUAACAACGCUCUUUUUUUCUUUUCCUUUCUACCGCGUGCUCCCCCCCCCCCCUUCCCCGGGGCGCAAAUAAUUGUUUCUUGUCAUUUUUUUCCCCAUUUCAUCGCCAUAUUUUAUGCGUCCGGUUUCAGUCCUCCUCAA